AUGGCCAACACACAGGAAGAUGCGCAGCCGCAGCAUCAGUCUGAAGAGAUUCAGGUGCCUCAGAUACCGCAAACCGACGAACCUGCCGACGAGAACGACGAUGACAUCGACGACCUCUUCGACUCGGACGACGAGGAUGCACCCGAGCUCAUCGAAUCCAACAACCCGAGCGAUUUUACAAAAACCUACAACAGACAGCGCAAACUGAACGACCCCUCGGUGCCCGCCGAUUACAAACCCAAGAACAACCCACAAAAGCCCUCUGCAAACACGAACCUCUCUCUUGACGACCAAGUCGCCUCUCUUUCUAAGCAUGCCAGCAAAAUCCGCCUCGACUCGAGGUUCAGUGGAGCAACAGGCGGCGGUGCACGCGACAAGGAUAAGGCGGAUCGCGCCACCACUGAGCAAGUGUUGGACAGGAGAACACAGAUGAUCCUCCUCCAGCUCAUCAACCGUGACACAAUCAGCGAACUGCACGGCGUCAUUUCCACCGGUAAGGAAGCCAAUGUGUACCACGCCAUCAGCGAAUCCCCCGAGGACGGCGAGCAGACGCACCGCGCAGUGAAAGUCUACAAGACAUCGAUCCUGGUGUUCAAAGACCGCGCAAAGUACGUCGAGGGCGAGUUCCGUUUCCGCCAGGGGUAUAGCAAGAGCAACAACCGGGCCAUGGUCAAGCUCUGGGCGGACAAAGAGCGCCGCAACCUUGCGCGCAUCCACGAUGCGGGGAUUCCCUCGCCCGAGCCCAUCGCUCUGCGCACACACGUACUCGUCAUGGGCUUUGUGGGUGACCGCAAGGGCAAGCCAGCGCCGCGACUGAAGGACGUGCGAUUUGAUGGCUUGACAAGCGAGGAGGAGGAUGCGAAAUGGACAGAUCUGUACAUUGAGAUGCUGGCCUACAUGCGCAUCCUGUAUCAUACAUGUCGCCUCGUGCACGCCGAUUUGAGCGAGUACAACGUCCUCUUCCAUGAGGGGCGGCAGUGGAUGAUCGACGUGUCGCAAGCCGUGGAACACGACCACCCACGAUCCCUGGAAUUCCUGCGUAUGGACGUGAAGAACGUAUCGGACUUCUACCGCAGCCGGAAUGUCGAGGUGCUCAGCGAGCGAAGGGCGUUUGCUUUCAUCACCGGCGAAAAGGGAGAAAAAGAGGUCAAGGACAUGGAGGCCAUCUCCAACACGGUCCGAGAAGUGAUGAAGAGGGAGCCACAGACGGAAGAAGAAAAGAAGCGGGACGAGGAAAACGACGACGUGUUCCGCAACCAAUACAUUCCUCAAACUCUCGAUCAAGUGUACGACAUCGAGCGCGACGCGGCGCUCGUCAACGCCGGCGAAGCCUCCUCGCUCCCCUACCAAGACCUGCUCGCGAACAAAGUCGUCCGAGAGGAUAACGACGGCGCGGAAGCAGGCGAUUCGGGCUCGGGAGGCGUGGAUCUCUCGUCAUCCGACGAAUCUGACGGGAGCGAAGUAGACCAGAGCAUAUUCGACAAGGGCCCCUCGCGGGGGAAGAAGAACAUGGACAAGGAAGAAAAGGCAGCGCACAAAAAGGCCAUCAAGGCCGAGAAGCAGGAGAAGCGCAAGGAGAAGAUGCCCAAGCACCUCAAGAAGAAAAUGGUUAGCUCCAGCUCGAGGAGGAAGUAG